AUGCGUUCAGCACAGAUCAGUCCAGAUGGGAUGCGUGCAGUACAGAUCAGUUUGUUUUUCGCGGUCUGGGCUGGAUCCGUGAAGAUCACCUUGCCCGGAGCCGCCGUCCCCUCACCGUCCAGCACCACGCCGACGCUAACUACCACCAAGGCGCCGGCGAAGGCGCGACGCACCAAGGCUCCCUUUGAGUGCAGCGUCACCUUCUCCGUGCCGAAAAUCGCCCAGACGCUGCCGGGGCGGCGGAAGUGUCACACCAUGGUCCUCGCCUCCGCCGGAUCUGAGGUCAGCGUCAGUGCGCUUCGCAAGGUGGGGCAGCUUGGGAAGUUCAUCAGCGGGAAGGUGCCAGGGUGGAGAGCCUACCGGAAGAACCUUUUCGACUACCGGGUGAUCGGGAAGCCCGGCACCAAGAGGCAGUGCAAGGAUGCCGACGAGGACAUCUCGGAAGAGGUCAGCUUCGACUUCUUCCCGCCCGGGCGCUACGAGCUUCGUCUCUACAAUGGUCGUGCAAGGGAAGAGAGGAACGUAACCUUCCUGGGCGUGGUGCAGCUCAUGUCGGACUGCAGCAUCAAGGACGGCUGUGGAACCAAAGGCCUCGGGUAUGACACGAAGGGGCCUGGCAGGGCCUGCGUCUUUCCCUUCCGCUACGAUGGUGUGCAGUACACGGAGUGCACGAUGGUCAAGGCUUCGGCAAAGUGGUGUGCCACAGAGACGGAUGCAAACGGUCACUAUAUCAGCGGGAAGUGGGGACACUGCAACGAUGCCUGCUUCGAGGAGGAGUCGAAAGCAGCCGGGGAGGACGAAGUGGCCCAGGUGACGUACAGCAAGGUGGGUGCAGGCGUCUCCUGCGGCGAGGAAGCCUAUCGCAGCGCGGACUCCCCGGAGCAGUGCCAGGAGUGGUGCACUCAGAACGAGGACUGCAAGGCCUUCGUGACCUUUGAAGACAGCCCGUGCGACAGCUGCCUCGCCUUCACGGAUAACGACUGUUCGAUGGAGUACCAGAAGGCCAGUAACUGCACGGGCCAGAUCUCGGCGUACAAGAAGAUUCUCCCACCAGAGAAGAAGAAGGGAAUGAGGAAGGAGGAGUGCACCGCAACCUUCACCUACAAGAACUGCAAGGACGGCCAGGACGAUCGAGACAUCACCAUUGGUUUCAGUGCAGCCUUCGAGGGCUAUCCUUUUGACCUACAUGCGAUCGAGCAGCUUGAUAGUGAUAUCCAGUAUGGUGCAGAAGGGGGCGACAACUCUCUCGGUGAUGCCGAUCUUCAGUUCAUGGAUGCGAACGGCGACAACAAGGUCGUGACGCUGGUGGACAACGAGUUGGCAGCCGCGGAAGUCACCAAUGUGCGCUUCAGCAAUAACUGUCCGAUGAAGAAGGCUCCGGUCAAGGAGUCUUGCAGCGUGACCUUCUUCUACAGGGACUGUGGCAGCAGCGCCAAAAAUGAAGAUCGAACAGUGAGCUUUUCGGCCUACUUCAUGGAAGAGAUGCUGGGCUACAGCCUUGAAUACAGCAACGGAGGUGGCACCAAUACGGACGGAUGCGGUGGAACCUUCCGCGAUGCAAGUCUCAACUUUAUCGAUGCGAACGAUCAAUCGCAGAGUCUGGUGCUGGUGGACAACAAUGGCCCAGCCGCAGAAGUCAGCAACUUCCGCUUCAGCAAAAACUGUCCCAUGAAGCAGGUGACGCUUCCGACGGUGGCCAACGUGAAGCCGGAUUGGUCCAAGCCACUGGUCUCCGUGAUGACAGCACUGAGCAGCCCGAUGCACUCCGAGGGCCCGAUCCAAAAUAUCUUGGAUGCGAGCAACAACAACUACGCAGACUUCGGAGGUACGGAUUGGACCUUUCCCACCUGGGUCGUGUUCGACAUGCAAAGCACGAUUCAAAUCGCCGGCUUCGAGAUGAAAGCUGCCUCUGCCGCGGGGAGCCCGAAGCUGUUUGCUGUGAGCUUCGGGGACGACUCCACUGCUGGCCCGUGGCAGCCAGUGGACACCUUCCGCAUCCAUGCUGAGUGGAACGGGGUGAAGCGCUGGCCAUUCCCGGGCUCCUAUGCAGGACGCUUCUGGAAGAUCAGCGUGCAAGAGACUUUUGAUGGCUCCGCCCCGACCAUCGACUACAUGCGCUUCUACCCGCCGGAAGGUGCCCUGAACGAGCGGCCGCCGGCCUCCUCGAAAGCACCGAUGUACAACACUGUGAAGGUGAAGAUGGGCGAGAAGGCGCCGGAGGCUGGCCUUCAAAACCUGAUCAUCAUGGAUAUCGUGGCCUUCGAUGCAUCAGGUAACCAAUUGCGGAUCAUGGAGCUCCACAUCCUUGCGGACAAGAAUGGUGCAGAUGCCAUUGCUUCGGGAACCUACACAGGCGGCAUGGCCAUGGAGGCCCUCACCGACGGCUCCCACACGACGUUGGGGGAUGGCGGCUGGGUGAACGGAGAGCGGGGCCGCGACCCGCACAUCGGUGUCCACGGCAUCACCAGCGCGGGGACUGAGCUUUUGGAGAUCGUGGCCGACGGCGACAUCGUCCGCUUGCAGGUGGACUUCUGUCGAAAGAACGACGCACCGGCUCUUCGAUUUGUGAGGGGCGAUGGUGCCGAGUCCAUCAGCCCUGGACAGAGUGGCAUGGAAGGCGUGUCCGAGCAAGUCCACUUCCCUGCGCCGCCGACGACGCUGGCCGGGCACCGCCUCUUCAACUCCGAGGAAGGACAGUGGAAGGCGGGCGAUGAGAUCCGACCUCCCACGCUUCCCACCGGCUGGAGCUACGAGUUUCCGUCCUUUGCAACCGGCCUCUGCACGGCCAAAGUGCUGCGAGUACAACGGAAAGUUCCAAGUAAGGCGGCCUGCGAGACGAACUGCGGAGCGUCGAGCACUUGCCACUUUUUCGCCUUCUCGCUAGGAAGCCAGGAAUGCCGUUACUUCCCGGCUUGCGAUCUCGACAGGAUGAACUCCACCGCGGAUUUCACGACCUACAAGAAGAAGCUCACCUGUGCCACGGCCAUCGCUACAGCGGCCGAGGCUGCUCUGAGCCCGGCGCUUCCGGGGACGAAGACGCGCCACCAGUGCCAGGCAGCUUGCUCAUGGCAAGGAUCUUCCUUCACGGAGUGGAGAAAAGAUGAUGACGUGAGCAUUUGCCGCUGUGGCUUCCCGGGCAUCUCGUUCAACCAGGUCCUGAUCGACCGCGGCACGAAUCGGAGACCCUAUGACAGCCAUCCUGAGGUUUCGCCGUGCUACGACCUGGACCAGUGGAGCCACGGCUGGUGUAUAAUGGAGAUCUGCCCAGCUACGGAAGAGGCGCCCAGCGAGACGGAGUUCUCGGCCUUUGGCGCAGGUGGCCACUGCAAGGACGGGCUUCUGCGGAAAGCGAGGGCCGUGCCGAGCAUCAGCGGCUGCCAGAAGCUUUGCGAGCGCGAGGCCGACUGCCGCUACUUCUCCUACAACGAAGGAGGUACGGACACCUCCGAGUAUGGCUCAUGUCUCCGCUACGACAAGUGCCAGGAGGAUACGCUCGUGGUGCCUGGCAACACGAUGUUUGCAACCUUCGCGAAGAGUUCCAAGGGUCGCGACAAGCCCCCUUCCUGGCGGCUCUUUACCACCUCCACCUUCCGCCGUGGGGCGAAGCAAGAACGAAACUGCUGGAAGAUCUCUAAGCUCCAAUUCUUCGCGAGCGAGGACUGCAGCUCCCUGGAGUUUGGGAUCGCGCCCGACAAGCAGAUUGUAAGCGGGCUGGCGCAAGGAAUCGAGUUGAGCCAUGUCUUCGGCGAGGAGGGCACUGCUGCGGAACUCCGGUCAGCCGAUGGCGACUUCGGAUCGAGCGAGGUUUGGAUCGGUGCUCGAGAACUUGGUGGUGUUCGUUGCAUCCGGUUCGUGCAGGAGCCUUCCUCCCCGGCCUUAACGAAGCAGAGCGGCGUGGGCUGCCGACCUCUCUCCAACCUGGAAGUGCAGAUUGGUGAUUUCGACGGUGGCAACUGGAAGACCGUGGCGUCGGUUCCGUGGAGCAUGAAGAAAGACGGCGUCAACACAUUUCCGAACUUGGAUCGUGCGGGAGCGGCCGUGUUCACGCUCGACACUUCCUUGGCACCACCCAAGACGAUGACGUGCGUCUUCCAGAUCAAUGACCAUCUCAAGUCCGUGCUGUAUGGUGGUGUGGAUCUGAUGUCCCUGGCAGGGAUGGGAGAAGGCGACUCCGAAAAGAUUCGCAUCGUCAGCUUCGCUGUGAAGCCAGGAGCCUACCUUGUGAUUACUGGCGAGGAUGCCGAGGGCGACUUUCACGAGACGGGUGGCUUCUGGGCUGAUUGUGGCAGCGCGGCACCGGGAUCGGAGUUGCAGAAUCGAUGGGAGCUGUACUGCAGCAACAACAAGAUCGAUGUAGCUCAUCGAGAGGGUGCUGGAGCGGGCUGGGUCAAACCUGGUCCUAACAGCUACAAGGCGAAAGCCAAGCGUAUUUUCGGAGCAGACAAGGCAUCGAUCGGAUCACAAGCGGCUCGCUACUGCUCCUUCCGUAUGCUGCCCAAGCCUGCGAUCAGCUUCCGGACGCUGCACUCCAAAGGCCUCUUUGGUCAGAUCGAGUUGGGCGCUGAGGAGUUCAACACGCGCUUUAGAGACGUGGGCACUGGCAUUCUUCGACGAGAAUGCCAGGACUGUGUUGAUAGCCACAAGAAGAUCUACUUGAGGCGGAAGAAGGGCCUGGAUACCUGGGAUGCCUACACCGGGGUUAUCUCCGCCUGGUCCUGGCAAGGACUUCACACAGACUUCGACCUCUACUCCUCGCUGCAGGAUGCGUUGGAGGAUCGCAAUGCCUGGCCCCGCUGUGAUGGCCUCGAGACCGAGGUGGGGUUCCCUGGCAACUGCGCACCGGGCGAGGCGCCCAGCGAGCCGCAAUGGACCUCGUCGGUGCCAGGAGAAGGACGACAGAACUACAAGUAUGCCGCGUACCAGGUCGGUGAGCGAAAUGUGAUGAACUUCGCUUUCCACGGAGAUGGCCUGUGCAGUGGUGUGCCAUUGCGAUCCGUUCUUGGUGUGGAGUCGGCCGAGGCCUGCCAGGAACUCUGUGCCGAAGAAGAGGAUUGCGUCUAUGUUAGCCAUGGCGACCCAACAACUUUGUCUUGUCUCCAAUUCGGCGGGGCCGCCUGCGCUUCGCUCCAGUUUCCUGCCUGCGAUGCGCUGAGCUGCGGCUUCCAGACUUUCGCCAAGCAGCGCGACGAUCGCGUCAACUGUGAGUUGGUGCUGAACGAUGAGAUUGACUCGGUCUUCUAUGGCGUCGAUGUCACAGAUCUGCUGGCCGAAGCCGUCAGCGGGUCUGCUUCUAGACGACUUGGUGUCGUUGCGAAGCCAGGCGAGUACCUCAUCGUGACGGGUCACAGCCAGUCGGGAGACAUGAAGUUCCGAGGCACCGAUUGCGAUGAUUCAGAUCAAGGGCAUGAGGAGGCAGCGUUGCUGCUUUCAAUCAGCAGCCUCACGGCGAUCACUCUUCAUUCACCCGGAUCCUACCGGAGCACGGGACAGGCGGCGUAUCCUAAGACCUUGGGAGACGACGGAAUGAAGUACUGUGCUUUCCGCGCGGUUCCUGCGCGGAUCUAUCCGAUUUGGACCAGCGCUUGGUGCAAGAGUUCCACGAUCUUCGACAACUGGCCUGGCCGCGCAAACGAGUUCGAAACGGCCUUCGCUUGCAGCUCGGCCUGUUCUCUCGAUGAGAGGUGCAAAUUCUUUGGCUACGGCGAGGACUCGCGUGCCGGGUUCCCUCGCUGCGCCUUCUUUGAGACCUGCCGAGAUCGGCGCCCAUAUCCGCAGGGUGACAUCCACGUCUACAAGGCGGAGGAGGUUCGCACUGAGCUGACUUGCAGCUUCAAGCCCAAUGCAGCGGGCAGCCAGGGCAUCUUCUACGGGGCGUGA